AUGGCGCCGUCCCGGGCAAGCCAUCCACGAUGGUCACCGUCAUUGUUGAUCAUCACCAUCGUGUCGUUUUUCGCCGUCCCAGCAGUCAUGGUUAAACACGAAAAUUUCAAGACGUGCUCGCAGUCUGGCUUCUGCCAACGCAACCGAAACUAUGCAGACAACGCAGCCAGCCAGGCGUCGGCAUGGACCUCCCCUUUCGACCUUGAAGCCGGCUCUUUAACGUUCUCGAAUGGCCAAUUGCUUGGAACUGUCAUCAAGACUGUGGGGGAUAAUGAGAAAGUUCGGUUCCCCCUGGUGGCAUCGUUCUUGGAAUCCGGUGUUGCACGCAUCACAAUCGACGAGGAACGCCGAGUGAAGGGAGACAUUAAAUUACGUCGUGACAGUAUUGUUAGGAAGGAACGAUAUAACGAGGCCUCUAAAUGGGCGAUCACCGGUGACAUGAAGCUCAGCUCGGAGGCUGAAUUCAGCACCGACAAGGCCUCGGGAACCAGCAAGGUCCAGUAUGGCCCAGAGAAGAAAUUCGAAGCUGUCAUUAAGCAUUCUCCCUUUGAAGUCUACUUCCAGAGGGAUGGCCAGACCCAGAUCCAGCUUAACUCCAAGGGUCUUCUCAACAUAGAGGAAUGGAGGCCAAGAGACGAAACACCCGAAUCUGAAUCCGAGUCCAAGACCGGCGGCGUAGACGACAGCACCUGGUGGGACGAGUCAUUUGGAGGAAACACGGAUUCUAAACCAAGAGGGCCAGAGAGCGUGGGUCUUGAUAUCAGCUUCCCUGGUUACGAGCAUGUUUUUGGAAUCCCGGAGCACGCUGACUCCAUGUCCCUGAAACAAACGAGGGGCGGCGAGGGACAGCACACUGAGCCAUACCGAAUGUACAACUCGGAUGUGUUCGAAUAUGAGCUGAGCAGCCCAAUGACGCUCUAUGGAUCAAUUCCAUUUAUGCAGGCUCACCGUAAAGAUUCUACAGUUGGAGUCUUCUGGCUAAAUGCCGCGGAAACCUGGGUCGAUAUUAUCAAGACCACAACCUCUCCCAACCCCAUGUCUCUUGGUGUAGAAGCAUCGACCUCCACGGAGACCCAUUGGUUCUCGGAAAGUGGACAGUUUGACGUCUUUGUUUUCCUGGGCCCAACGCCUGAUGCGAUCUCCAAGACAUACGGAGAACUUACCGGCUUCACGCAGCUUCCACAACAGUUCGCCAUCGCGUACCACCAAUGUCGCUGGAACUACGUCACUGAUGAGGAUGUGAAAGACGUUGACCGCAAGUUUGACAUGUACCAAAUACCAUACGAUAUCAUCUGGCUUGACAUUGAAUACACCGACGGGAAGAAAUACUUCACUUGGGAUCCUCACACCUUCCCUGACCCGAUUGGAAUGCAGAAGCAGCUUGAUGCGUCCGAACGCAAGCUUGUGUAUAUCAUCGACCCCCAUAUUAAAAAUGAGGCUAAUUAUCCCAUUGUUGAUGAAAUGAAGAAGAAAGAACUAGCUGUUCUGAACAAAGAUGGAAGUAUUUACGAGGGAUGGUGCUGGCCUGGCUCAUCUCACUGGGUGGACUGCUUCAAGCCAGCCGCCAUUGAUUGGUGGGUCGGUCUCUUCAAAUAUGACAGCUUCAAGGGAACUGCUUCCAACUCGUGGCUUUGGAACGAUAUGAAUGAGCCCUCUGUCUUCAACGGACCUGAGACAACCAUGCCAAAGGACAACAUCCACCACGGUAACUGGGAACAUCGUGACGUCCACAACAUUAACGGACUGACGUUCGUCAAUGCCACAUACAACGCGCUCAUUGAGCGCAAGAAGGGAGAGAUCAGACGUCCCUUUGUUCUUACUCGCUCUUUCUACGCUGGAUCGCAACGAAUGGGCGCUAUGUGGACUGGAGACAACCAGGCAAACUGGGAACACUUGGCGGCUUCGUUCCCUAUGGUUCUUAACAACGGAAUUGCCGGUUUCCCCUUCGCCGGAGCAGACGUUGGAGGGUUCUUCGGAAACCCAAGCAAAGAACUUCUCGCUAGAUGGUACCAGGCAGGUGCCUUCUACCCAUUCUUCCGUGCCCAUGCACACAUCGACACCCGCAGAAGAGAGCCAUAUAUGGUCGGCGAACCAUACCGGGAUAUAAUUGCACAGGCUAUUCGAGUCCGAUACCAACUUUUGCCCGCCUGGUAUACUGAGUUCCAUCGUGCCUCCGUCAACGGUUCUCCGAUUGUCCGACCACAAUAUUAUGUACAUCCAUCCGACGAGCAAGGCUUUGCCAUCGAUGACCAGCUCUAUCUCGGCCGUACAGGACUUCUGGUGAAGCCCGUUGUCACUGAAGGCGCUACAAGCGUUGAUAUUUACAUCUCCGAUGAGGAGAAGUACUAUGACUACUUUGAUUUCGCCAUAUACCAAGGAGCCAGAAAGAAGCACACUGUCAAUGCCCCUCUAGAGAAGAUCCCGAUACUAAUGCAGGGUGGCCAUAUCAUCCCAAGAAAGGAUAGACCGCGUCGAAGCAGCGGAUUGAUGAAGUACGAUCCAUACACGCUUGUCGUUGUCCUAGACAGCAAGGGCCAAGCAGAGGGUGAAUUAUACGUUGAUGACGGUGAAACAUUUGAUUACCAGCAAGGAGCAUACAUCCACCGCCAAUUCUCCUUCUCAGGCACCUCUCUGUCCUCUAGCGACCAAGCCACCAGUGGCGCCAAAACGAGCCAAUAUCUAAAGAAGAUGACCGAAGUGCUCGUUGAGAAGAUAAUUCUUGUUGGCAUCCCCAGCGACUGGAAGAGUAGAGACACCGUGUUGGUUUUGGAAGAUGGUGCAAAGUCUGGUGUUAAAGCCAGCUUGGAAUGGCAUGCUGCGGAGGACGGCAAGGCAGCGUAUGCGGUUGUUAAGAAACCAGGAGUGUCGAUCACCAAAUCAUGGAAGAUCGACUUUGCUUAA